AUGCCAUGCGUGAAAGACAGCAAUGUGUAUGCAUCAUCCAUUGCCUUCGUGAUGAGUUUCAUUGCCUUUUGUGCUGGAGCUGCAGCCAUCGGCAAAGUCGGGGAGGCCUUUGCCUCCAUGGGCUCGGGCACCUCCCACGCCGCUUGGGCACGGAUGACCGUGAUACAUCUCGGCAUCAGUGCAUUCUUUAAUCUCCUUUCCUUCUGUUGCAUUUGCCUUUCAACAUUUCACUUCGAACAAGCCAUGCGCUUUAGUUUGGCGCACACCAUGACCACAGCGACGGCCUUUUGCGUCUUGCGCAUCUGUGCCUUCGUGACCUUUCUGGUACAACUUGCGUAUUCAUCGCUGAUGAUGGUGGGCAUGACCACAGUCUUAACAUUGGACUUUAUUUGUCACAUGGGCAGUACCACUCGCUUCCAUGCACAAGAAGUGAUUUGGGAGAUUGGCAACUUUACGCUGACAGGAAGGGAUCCCUUCGAUCCAUACUACACUGGCAGCGUGAGCGAGUCCCGCGCAGCAGAUACAAAAAUUGUGAGUGUGGCAUCCAUGAUGCAGCACCUCAGCCUAGAGCGCUUUUGCCCUUUCUCAGAGAACCUGGGACAGCAGCUCUUCAUUUUCUGGCUGAGCAGCAUCGUGUCACUGGUGAGCCAGGCCUUGAUGGCCAUUGCUUUGAACGGCGAAAAGGAGCGGAUCUCCUUGCACGAAGAGCACGAUGAGGUGCGAGGCAUUUCGGCACUGGCACCCCUUGUAGGCUCACCAGGAGGUUCGCCAAGAUGA